AUGGGCAGUGACGGCCUCGCCAAAUGGGCUCACCGGAAAAAGAAGAAAAAGAAAAAAAAAUACAAACAAAAGCCCCAACACAACACAGAGGUCUACGCAGCGGUUCCCCACGCCGGCGCCGCCGAUGGAAUCCGCCGCCGCCCGGUCGCGCGGCCGCCCAGCCCUCCGCCUCCUCUGCCCCAAGGCGUCUCUCCUGUCCCCGCCCUGCCCCUCCCCCCUCCGAUGGCUCGUCGGCACCCCGCGCGUCCUCCCUCCCUUCACCGUCGCUGCCGCCCUCCGCUCCCUCCACGCCGACCCCGAUCUCCCCCGAGAAGCAGACGAAAUCAGGGGAUUGCUGCUCCGGGGAUUCGACAUCGUCGGGGCGCUGCUCGUUAGCGGCGAGAGUUCCGAUGCGGACGCCACGCGGGCUCUGGAGCUUUCUCAGGCGCUGAGAGAGAGGCUGUUCGGCGAGGCGGCAAGCCAUGGCAUGGUUGGGGGCUACCUGGAUGCCGCUACCAGGGAGAUUCGGUUUGUUGCCUCUGAGAGCGACGGGUCGGAAGUGGUGGAAGGGUCGGAGGUUGUGUGGGAGGAUGAGCCUGGGAGGUUGUUGUGGGAGAAGGGCUGCCUCCUGCGCUGUGAGCUGCCACUGAAGCUGCCACUCUACGUUCCAGCGGAUCAGAUGUCAGGCAUUGAAGAAAGGUUUUCUUCUCUUAUUGAAACUACAGCUGCUAAAUUCAGAGAUCCUCAUGUCUCUUACCUAGUUGAAGGGCCAGCUACAUCUCCUAAUGAAUCGCAUUGUUCUAUUAUCUUAUAUGGUGAUAAUUUAAGUUCUGUUUCGCAUCUACCUCAUGACACAAGCACAAAGGAAUGCAGUGCAAAUAGUGUAUCUUGUUCAGAAUUCUUCUCAGCAAAGAGGUACAAUCUCUCGUUGACAAGAGAGAAUGCAGAUGCAAUUCAAGUAACUGUCCUGUCCAAUCAAUCGGUCAAUAGCUCAAUGGCUGGCACCACCCCAGUGGUAGAGUACUUUCCAGCACCAGCACUAGCCAGUCUGAGAAUAAUCAACUUGAAGCUCGAUAUACUAUGCUACUCUUCAAAAGAUUGUCCUGUAGCUUCUGCUGUAUCUGAACUUGUCAUUCCAGGAUUAGUUGAUCAGAUGACCAUUAUGAAGAAGGUUAUUGUAUCAGAGAUAACUCAACAACCCCAGCUUUGUCCAUACCAUUUCAUUCCUCCUGGAUUGCUUAUUCCAGUAACAGCUAUAUACGAUACAAGAUACGGGGAGAUAGAGGAGAAGCAAAGUGAGCUGAGAAGAAACCUGCACAUAAGGCUAGGUCUUCCCUUAGAUCGACCUUUGUUGCGAAUUUCUAAUGCAUUGACUUUUUGCAGCACUGGAAAGAGAGAGAAAAGUGCAUCAAGAAAUGGUUUCUCACUGCUUCGAGAUGUCCAUAGAGAAAUUCCAUCUAGUGGUGUAUCUGGAGGGAUUAUGUCAUUGAUUGAUGGUUCAUAUGAGUACUAUCAUUACCUUCAUGAUGGUAUUGAUGACAAUGGAUGGGGAUGUGCUUAUCGGUCUCUACAAACAAUUGUCUCUUGGUAUAGAUUGCAACAGUAUUCAUCUAUAGAUGUUCCUUCACACAGGGAGAUUCAGCAAGUUCUUGUUGAAAUUGGUGACAAGGAUCCAUCAUUUAUUGGAUCUCGUGAAUGGAUUGGAGCAAUUGAGUUAAGCUUUGCCCUCGACAAACUUCUGGGAGUUAGUUGCAAGAUUAUUAAUGUGAGAUCUGGCGAUGAGCUUCCCGAGAAGUGCAGAGAACUUGCCAUGCAUUUCGAAACCCAGGGAACUCCUGUGAUGAUUGGUGGUGGAGUCCUGGCUUACACCCUUCUGGGUGUUGAUUACAAUGAAGCCAGUGGCGACUGUGCUUUUCUCAUCCUCGAUCCACACUACACUGGUGCUGACGAUCUCAAGAAGAUUGUGAAUGGUGGAUGGUGCGGGUGGAAGAAGUCUGUUGACAGCAAAGGCCGGAACUUCUUCUUAAAAGAUAAGUUCUACAACCUGCUUCUACCCCAAAGGCCCAACAUGGUGUGAGAGCUAUGGCGCUUGAUAUGUUGAGGAAUUGCUCAACCGUGAAGGAUUAUGAGGCAAUCAUGCUUGGUGACCAAUGAGACAGGCAUGAGCUUACAGUUUUCUCUUGAACAUGUGGUUUAUUUCUGAUUCGCACUUUUUAGGAAAUCUUUCGCUUCCUGUAUUCUCAGCUAGGUUUAUAGAACUAAUUCCAUAAAGUGACACUGUUACCAUCACCUGCAUGUUCACUUCUAGUUGGUCCUACAGUUUGGUGUAUUUCCGAAUUCUGAACUUCCUUUGCGACAUUCCCCUUUAUUGGCUUGAUACUAA